CUGAGCUGGUGGAUUGUCGAACAGUGCCGGGCAGUGAACAUCACAAAUCCAACCCCGGUUCAAGUGAACUGCAUCCCGGCGGUCCUGGACGGCUGUGACGUGAUCGGCUGCGCAAAGACUGGCACCGGGAAGACGCUCGCCUUUGCCUUGCCGAUCCUUGAAACUCUGUCCCAUGAUCCGUACGGUAUCUACGCCUUGGUGCUGACGCCAACGCGAGAAUUGGCCAUUCAGAUCGCCGAGCAGUUCGAGAUCCUCGGGAAGCCGUUAAACCUGAAGACUUGCAUAGUACCGCACGUCCUCAUCGCAACUCCCGGCCGUCUUGCCGACCACAUCAGCAGUAGCUCCGAAUUGAACCUGAAAAAAAUACGUUACUUUGUUAUGGACGAAGCGGACCGUUUGCUUGAUGGCCAGUAUGACAAUGAACUGAAGACCAUUUUCGAGGCACUGCCUCAAAAACGACAGACCGCUACAGUAACGGACGCAAUUGCCCGUGUGAAAGAAAUAGCGACGUCGAAGCCAUUCUUCUGGCAGGAUGAAAGCGACGUGCUGACUGUCGAUACGCUGGAGCAACGCUACGUGCUGUGCCCCCAGGACGUGAAGGAUGCAUACCUCGUGUAUGUAGUGAAGAUGUUUCACGAGAGAAACCCGAGGAGCGCGAUUCUCAUAUUCUGUCACACGUGCCACGAGUGCCAAGCGCUCUGCAUGAUGUUCAAGAACCUUGGAUUCGAAGUGUGUGCAUUGCAUUCUAUGAUUCAUCAGGCCGAACGCAUGAAAUCACUUGACAGGUUCCGGUCCAACAUCUUGAAGAUCAUGGUAUGUACGGACGUUGCCGCGAGAGGACUUCACAUUCCUCGUGUAGACCUGGUAGUGAACCACAACGUACCAUUGCAGCCGAAGACAUACGUGCAUCGGGUCGGUCGUGCGGCGAGGGCUGGCCUUCCGGGAAAAGCAAUAACAUUUGUGACACAGUACGACGUUUGUCUGAUUCAAGCAGUUGAAAAGUUGAUCAACUGCAAGUUGACCGAGUUGAAAAUUUCCCACCGUAAGGUGUCGCAGCAUGUUACAGAGGUUCUAGUUGCGAAACGUGAGGCCGAAGUAAAAUUGGAAGCGAAUAAAUUCGGCGAAGAGCGCGAAAUUCAUCGUCGCAAGCAGAUGAUCCUCGAGGGACUGGACCCUGCUGACGUGUCUAAAGCGAUUGAACGAUCGAAAGCCUCCAGAAUGCACCGAAGUAAACGUAAAAUCGACAGCAUUAAAGCAACUUUGAAAAGUAAACGGACUAAACGUGGAAAGUGAAA